AUGGCACCCAGUCUCCCCUUUGAACUAAACGACCCCGAUCUGCUGCGCCAGGACUCGUACGUGCACGGCGAAUGGGUCCAAGCAAAGAGCGGCAAGCGCUUCGACAUCAUUGACCCCGGCUCGGACAAGACCUUUGCCUCUUGCCCAGAUAAUGCUGUUGAAGAUGUCGAUGCCGCCAUCCAAUCCUCGUACAAGGCCUUCCAGGAAUACCGCGUCCUGAACCCGCGUAAACGGGCCCAACUGCUGAUGAAAUGGCAUGAACUCAUCACCGCAGCCAAAGACGACCUCGCCAAGAUCCUUACCUAUGAAACUGGCAAACCCCUGGCCGAGUCUAUCGGCGAGCUUGACUAUUCCCUCGGCUUCACCUGGUGGUUUGCCGGCGAGGCAGAACGCAUCCAGGGCUCCGUCUUUACCCCUUCCGCACCAAACCGGCGUACCUUUGUUAUCAAGCAGCCCAUCGGUGUUGCCGUCGCCCUGGUGCCAUGGAAUUUCCCCAUCGCCAUGAUUCUGCGGAAAGCCGGCGCGGCAUUCGCUGCGGGCUGCACCAUGGUGGUCAAACCCAGCCCAGAGACUCCCUUGACCUGUUUGAGCCUUGCAUACCUGGCCACCAAAGCUGGCUUUGCUCCGGGUGUCUUCAACGUGCUCACCACGAGUCUCGCCAACACCCCGUCCCUCAGUGAGGCCAUGUGCGUCCACCCGCUAGUCAAGAAGGUCACCUUCACGGGUUCGACCCGCGUGGGCAAGAUCGUGGCCGGCCUGUGCGCCAAAAACCUCAAGAAAUGCACGCUCGAGCUGGGCGGCAACUGCCCCUUCAUUAUCUUUGACGAUGCCGACCUGGAGCAAGCCCUCGGCCAGUUCAUGGCUCUGAAGUGGCGGCACGCUGGCCAAGCCUGUAUCUCCGCCAACCGCCUGUACGUGCAGGCCGGUGUGUACGAGAAGUUUACGCAGAUGCUAGUCGAGAGAACCAAGACUCUCAAGGUCGGUCACGGCGCCGAGAAGGGCACCACCAUGGGACCUGUGACGACACCAAGGGGCCUUGCAAAGGCUGAAGAGCAGGCUGCCGAUGCCAUCAAGCACGGCGCAAAGCUCCUGCUUGGAUCUGGCAAGGCACACAAGGGCUCCACCGUGGACGAGGGCUCCGGUGAAGGUAAGGGCGUGGGCGGCUACUUCAUGGACCCGACCAUCCUGGCGGACAUGAACGAGAAUAUGCUGCUCGCCAAGGAGGAGACGUUUGCACCUGUCACGGGUAUCUUCAAAUUCGAGAAAGAGGAGGAGGCCGUCAAGUGGGCCAACGAUACGUCCAUGGGUCUCGCCAGCUACGCCUUUACGAAGAACGUGGACCGCCUGUGGAGGAUGCUGGAGAACUUGGAGGCUGGCAUGAUUGGAUUGAACACCGGUAACUCGUCAGCCGCGGAGUCACCCUUCGGCGGUAUCAAGGAAAGCGGCUACGGCAAAGAGUCCGGCAAGGAUGUCGCCGUCAACGAAUACCUGAUCUCCAAGACGGGCACAUUCACCAUCGACGGACAAUAUUAG